AAUUUUCUUCUAGCUUGUUCGCUCACUAGAACUUUCCAGAUCGCUCACUCACUUGUCUGCUCCUUUCAACAAACGUCGGUUCAUCGACUCAACGAAUCUCACGAAAGAGGCAGUGGGUUUCCUCUGGCUGACAUCAGGCUGCCUGGAAUUGUGCUGUCUGAUAAACCGAGAUUUACCAAGAGACCGUGUCUAUCACCGAGACGAUACUACCUAGCCCAGAAACAUUUCUGCUUUGGUCGUUGUGUUUGGCUUGCUUGUUGAUUGUGGUGAAUCUUGACAUUUGUUGUCUAUCCAAACUGCUGAGACUCUUAUCUCAAUACGAGGGACUAUCCUUGUCAGGAUUGAGUUCGAGGCUACUGUCUGUCCAUUCGUACACCAUCUGCGCCAGCCACCAGUCAGAGACUUUGAUCAACAGGAGCAUAUGAUAAGGAGCACGGUAGAGCCCGACUUCUUUGUCUUCGCCCUUCCUUCGCGAGACAAUUGCAGCUACUUGCGAGGUUCUCUUCUGCGAAGUUCCUUUCGAGCAACCGUCGCAGCGCCAACGCCCGCAGAAACUGUCCCGGGUCAAGGACUAAAACAACCUGGCUCCUGGCUAGGUCACUGUCUAGGCCGGCCCCACCCAAUUGCUUUUUGGGCGUUAAAGAUCCAUUGCCCGUCCUACCACGACAAGCUUUAAUCUUUAAAUUGGAUCUCGAAGCGGGCUGUGUCUCGAGCCAAGCAGGGUGUGCUUCAUACCUACUUAGUACCUUUCCUACUACUCAGAGUCAUAUUUGGGUACGUCAUUUCCUGCUUCCAAUUGACAUCUUCGUUCCUCACAUCCUCCCCUGUCUCCCACAGACAAAUGAGCUACUCUGUUUCACUUGAGGACCAAAUAUCGUGAUUGUCUUGGAUUGCGCAUUUGACUUACAACCCAUUCUGCUCUGUAGGUAUAAAGAUAUCAAGAUCCACCUUCCUCAAUUAAGUUUUCAGUUCGGCGUUGAGCAGCAUCUUCCGCUCGCUUCUCCCGCCAACUCAGCUCAAUUCAGUUCGACUUGAUUCGAUUUGAACCUUCCUCUACGGCUCGCAUCUGUACUCAAAGGCCUCACCCGCACAUAAGGAAGGGACAGGUAGCAGGGCGAGCUUGAGAAUAGGUGAUAUCAAUCGUCCGCUCUUUUCUUCUUCUUCUUCUUCUUCUUCUUCCUCCUCUCUCUCUGUCGUUUUAGUUGACGUCCGUUCCCUUGAUUGCCGAAUUUUGUUCUUAUUGAUCAGACAUGAAGUUUGGCGACCACCUCGAAAGAGAGUCUGUUCCAGAAUGGAGUCUCCGUAGGUUUUAAUGCUCUCCGUCGAAACCAUUCCGGUAUACUGACCAAUUGCUUCUUGAUGUAGAUAACCUCGACUACAAUUCCAUUAAGCAUGAGAUCAAGAUGCACACGACGCGCGACCAGGCCACGGCUAUGGCCAUUCCCGGACAAAAGGAUGAGGCUCUUUCGCGAUUCGAGGAUGGCUUAUACAUGGAGCUUGAUCGUCAGCAUGAAAGACUGCAGUUAUUUGUUUCAAGCAAAGCAGAUGAGAUUUCGCGCCGAUUAGAAUACCUCGCCAAGAAUAUCGAUCGUUGGGCAUCAAAGAACCAGGAACAGCUCGCCGGUGAUUCUGCCAUCAAGCACCACAGACGUUUCACCAAGUACGAGCGUGAAUUGGUUCGUUGUGGUAGUGACAUUCAAUCCCUCGAGCGCUUCGUCAAGGCUCAGACUGUCGCCUUCCGCAAGAUCACCAAAAAAUACAAGAAAUGGACCGGCUCUACAACCCUCGGUAUUCGUCUCUAUGAGAACGUUCUCUCCGAUCCGAAAAGUUUCACUCGCCGUGACUUUUCCUCCUUACAACAACGUUAUGACGACAUCACAUGCACACUGAACGCUGCCGCUCCCGCAUUGAGCGAACCUAGCUCACCAGAAUCCCAAGCUCAGUCAUACCGACGUCAAUCUCUUUCAGGAUCUCUCAACUCGACAAAUCGUCACCCCACCAGCCGCGCUCAACCUACGUUCGAUUUCUUGCCUCCACCGCAGAUGGAAGAACCUGCCAAAUACUGGAACGAAUAUGACAAUGGAAGUGAAUGUGCAGCUGAUGAUGAUGGAUAUGCUAUCUAUAUAAAUCCAGAUGAAAGCACUAGUUUUCCGGGAUUCGGCUACCUGCAGAAUAUCUUCAAAGCACCCAUGAAGAAGGCAAGGGGUUGGUUCAAGCGCAACAACACCCGGGAGCGCCAGUCUCUACUUGGUGCCAAUCAUUCACCUUACCAAUACUCCAGCACGACCUUCAACAGCAGCGAGUCGGACGAGGAAGCAGGAUAUGCUAGUUCAGAUGGCUUCCCCGCGACUGGAUAUGCCACACACUAUGCCCUUCCCAGCCUAAAUCAACAGCAAGCGCAUUUGUACCGUGAGAAGACCUUGUUUUGGGGUACGAUUAGCUCCUUUGCCGUGUCUUUCCUGCUCCUCCUCGUCGCCGGCACGCUUAUUUCUACCGGUCGACACAGGCUCAGAGCUGAAGUUGACGCGGGCGUUACUGUUGGCGUUGUUGCGAGCUUGUUCACCGCCUGUAGUGCCCUCGGUAUGACGCUAUACCGGCACGACCGACUGUCAUUUCCACAUCUACUGGCGGUUUGGACUACGUUCGUCGCAUCAUGUAUCCUCAAUGGCAUGCUGCUGAUUUUGGUCGUGGGAAACUCCCCGUAAUGCGUAAAGGACAAAAGGUUAUCCUGAAUCCAUCGAACCUUCAUGAUCUCAAAAAGACUGAGCCACAGUUGAGACGCUUAAUGUUUGCAUGUGAGCGAUUAUUUUGAUGGAUUGUGUUAUUUGUUGAGCGUUUUCCAAGUUAUAGGAGCGAUGCUUGGGCAUUUUGCUUUCCACGCCGAUAGACUGAGAAGCCGGCCGUCUGGUUGGAGGUGGCGUGUACUAUGAUCGUGCAUGUGCUUUGGUAUACGCAUUUAUCUUCGAUUGUAAACGAAUAGAAAUAAUUAAAACCUCGCGGUAUGCCAAGCUAAUGAAGCAAUAUCUCGUUUUAUGGAGCUGUGGUGUAAGAGCUCAAAAGGCUGUCAAUAUUACCAAAGAGGUCUUGCAAUUCGUCCUGGUUAAUACCCAAUAUAUCGUCGUUUCGGUUGGAUGGCAUGAUGUGAUGAUAAGCAUGGUGCGUUUAAAUAGCUUUCGUUGUGGUUGUCUCAUUCGUCCAUGAAGCAC